AUGGAGAAUCUUGAUCCCAACCAGCCAAUUUCCGAAAAGCCUACGGUCAUUUUCGAGGCAAGACUCCGACCAUUCAUUGAGGAUGAAUUGAAUUCCAAUCACUUGAAACUUGCCCACGCUCAACUCUCCAACCUCAUACAAGAGCUAGAAGUUGAGAAUGUCAUCUGCAACAUUGAUAAUGACAUGUUGCCUCUCCUCGCACAAUUGAGUGAUGCCUGGAAGUUAUGGGCUAGUCAAGAGAUAGAAUCUCUAGUACCAGUCGAAAUUAUUGCCAUUGAGAAUCAAGAAAAACCAAGCCAUCUUAGACUUCGAGAUGUACUGAGCCGUUUUUGUGUCUAUAGGAUGCAUGGUGUUCCACCACCACCACCGCGUUUAUUUGAAGGCUCCGAUAGCACGACGUCAAUUGAGGCAUAUGAUGAUCCAGAGAUACCAUCAGCUGAGGUUUUUGAUAUGCCUCAUCACGACUUUGAUGGUAAAUGGGAGGAGCUUAUAUUUGAUCAAAACCACAAGGAAGAUCUUUCGUGGAUGAUAUCGAACAUACUUACCUUUUCCGCGGAUACAGGACAUGCAAAGAAGAGAAUGAAUCCCAUGGCUUUGUUUCAUGCGACCCUUCUAUCCAAAUACUUUAGCGAAAGUGCAACACAAGUCGAUGAUUUACUUAACAAGGUCAAGAUUAUGUGCCAAAACAACCCAAGUCGUAUUAUCAUAGUACUAAUUGAUGAGGUUGAAUCUAUUGCUGUAUCUAGACAUUCUGGUGUCAUGCAUGGAGAAGCCCAAGAUUCACUACGCGCUACGAAUUCUCUACUCACCGGACUCGAUACGGUCAUGACAUGUCCAAAUGUUGUUUUCAUGUCUACAUCAAACAUGAUCGAUUGUCUCGAUGAAGCAUUUGUCGAUCGAUGCGCCAUUCGAAUACCAUUUCAACCACCAUCUGAAGAAUCCCAAUACAAGAUCUUAAAAGCCAGUGUAUUAGAGCUCAUCAGAAGAGAGAUCAUCAUCGCCGAUCUAUCGAAUCUUCUCGAUUCCACGCAAUUGAUACAAUCCUGGCAAGAAGCUACACUUUAUACAGCCUUCCAGAAUGAUUCUGCCACCGGCAAGUUACUCAAUAUCAUCAUGCAAUUAAAUUCUCCCACCGCAAAGAAUAAACUCGGUAUAUCCGGUCGAUUCUUAACACAGAUACCCGAACAGGCUUUAAUGAAAUGCGCUCGACCGAAUAAGUCAUUGACAUUAGAUGUUGCAUUGGAUUGCAUUGAGAAAUUUGUCCAAGAUUUAUUGACUGCGAGAGGAGGUCAGAAACGAAAACUUUCGGAAGUAGAAGCUGAAGUACAACCUGGUGCAAAACAUUACUGUUACUGCGCUGCGGAAAAGGAUGAGUAG